AUGCAGAGUGAACAGGUGCAGACUGAACAGGUGCAGAGUGAACAGAUGCAGAGUGAACAGAUGCAGAGUGAACAGAUGCAGAGUGAACAGAUGCAGAGUGAACAGGUGCAGACUGAACAGAUGCAGAGUGAACAGGUGCAGACUGAACAGAUGCAGACUGAACAGAUGCAGACUGAACAGAUGCAGAGUGAACAGAUGCAGAGUGAACAGGUGCAGAGUGAACAGAUGCAGAGUGAACAGAUGCAGAGUGAACAGGUGCAGACUGAACAGGUGCAGAGUGAACAGAUGCAGAGUGAACAGAUGCAGAGUGAACAGAUGCAGAGUGAACAGGUGCAGAGUGAACAGAUGCAGAGUGAACAGGUGCAGACUGAACAGGUGCAGAGUGAACAGAUGCAGAGUGAACAGAUGCAGAGUGAACAGAUGCAGAGUGAACAGAUGCAGAGUGAACAGGUGCAGAGUGAACAGAUGCAGAGUGAACAGGUGCAGACUGAACAGAUGCAGAGUGAACAGGUGCAGACUGAACAGAUGCAGACUGAACAGAUGCAGACUGAACAGAUGCAGAGUGAACAGAUGCAGAGUGAACAGGUGCAGAGUGAACAGAUGCAGAGUGAACAGGUGCAGACUGAACAGGUGCAGAGUGAACAGAUGCAGAGUGAACAGAUGCAGACUGAACAGAUGCAGACUGAACAGAUGCAGAGUGAACAGAUGCAGAGUGAACAGAUGCAGAGUGAACAGAUGCAGAGUGAACAGGUGCAGACUGAACAGAUGCAGAGUGAACAGAUGCAGAGUGAACAGGUGCAGACUGAACAGAUGCAGAGUGAACAGGUGCAGACUGAACAGAUGCAGACUGAACAGAUGCAGACUGAACAGAUGCAGACUGAACAGAUGCAGAGUGAACAGGUGCAGACUGAACAGAUGCAGACUGAACAGAUGCAGACUGAACAGAUGCAGACUGAACAGAUGCAGAGUGAACAGAUGCAGAGUGAACAGAUGCAGAGUGAACAGAUGCAGAGUGAACAGGUGCAGACUGAACAGAUGCAGAGUGAACAGGUGCAGACUGAACAGAUGCAGACUGAACAGAUGCAGAGUGAACAGAUGCAGAGUGAACAGAUGCAGACUGAACAGGUGCAGAGUGAACAGGUGCAGAGUGAACAGAUGCAGAGUGAACAGGUGCAGACUGAACAGAUGCAGACUGAACAGAUGCAGAGUGAACAGGUGCAGACUGAACAGAUGCAGACUGAACAGAUGCAGAGUGAACAGGUGCAGACUGAACAGAUGCAGAGUGAACAGAUGCAGAGUGAACAGGUGCAGACUGAACAGAUGCAGAGUGAACAGGUGCAGAGUGAACAGAUGCAGAGUGAACAGGUGCAGACUGAACAGGUGCAGAGUGAACAGAUGCAGAGUGAACAGAUGCAGAGUGAACAGAUGCAGAGUGAACAGAUGCAGAGUGAACAGAUGCAGAGUGAACAGAUGCAGACUGAACAGAUGCAGAGUGAACAGAUGCAGAGUGAACAGAUGCAGAGUGAACAGAUGCAGACUGAACAGAUGCAGAGUGAACAGAUGCAGAGUGAACAGAUGCAGAGUGAACAGAUGCAGACUGAACAGAUGCAGAGUGAACAGAUGCAGAGUGAACAGAUGCAGACUGAACAGAUGCAGAGUGAACAGGUGCAGAGUGAACAGAUGCAGAGUGAACAGGUGCAGACUGAACAGGUGCAGAGUGAACAGAUGCAGAGUGAACAGAUGCAGAGUGAACAGAUGCAGACUGAACAGAUGCAGACUGAACAGAUGCAGAGUGAACAGGUGCAGAGUGAACAGAUGCAGACUGAACAGAUGCAGAGUGAACAGAUGCAGAGUGAACAGAUGCAGACUGAACAGAUGCAGACUGAACAGAUGCAGACUGAACAGGUGCAGAGUGAACAGGUGCAGAGUGAACAGAUGCAGAGUGAACAGGUGCAGACUGAACAGGUGCAGAGUGAACAGGUGCAGAGUGAACAGAUGAGAAAAGACAAACAAAAGCAAAAAAAUACAGACACAAAAAAAUGA